AUGUGUGUAAGAACUCGAUUAGGCGAAUUUGAAGCAAAAGAUCAAAUAAGUGCAGCAAAAUAUUGGUCAACAUUACCUUAUGUUGAUAAAAAUAGAAUGGCUAUUUGGGGAUGGUCAUUUGGUGGAUUUGUUACAUCUAAAGUUAUUGAAGCCGAUUCUGGUGCAUUUCAAAUCGGAAUAGCUGUAGCUCCAGUAAUUGAUUGGAGAUUUUACGAUUCUGUAUAUACUGAACGUUAUAUGAAAACGCCGGAAUUAAAUCCUAAUGGUUAUGAGCUUAGUGCAGUAACUAAUAUGACUGGAUUUGAUAAUGCAAAAUUUUUAUUAAUUCAUGGAACUGGUGACGAUAAUGUACACUUUCAAAAUUCGUUAAGUUUAAUCGAUCGUUUUACACUUGCAUCAGUACAUAAUUAUCGAGUACAAAUUUAUACAGAUAGUGAUCAUUCAAUUCAAAAACAUAAUGCAAAUCGCGAGGAAAAAUGUAUUUUUGUUGAUAAAAACAUUGAGGAGAUUGUUGCCAUUGCCAAUAUUGAUGACCGUUGGGUGGAUUGGAGGCUUCAACUAUGCUGUGCAUAUAUUUCACGUAUAGACUAUCAACAAACUCUUGAAAAACUUACGGAAUACAAAUGCCUCUCAAUCGAGGAUUGUUCUGUACUUAUAAAAUAUCUAUUUUUAUAA